UAUUGUAUUUACAGUGUAAUCGACUAAGCCUAUAUUAAAAAUUCAUAAAAGACACGCUUCACUGUUAUAUAUAUUAUUCAAACUGAAAAUGUAAUGCGCACACGUUUUUACAGAGAACCUAUCUGGUUUUAAAAUUGUAUUUUUGAUUGUCUUGCAUACUUUUACUAUUGUUAGUAAAAUAAUUUUCAAGAUCAGUAAAAAAAAUCGAAUUUUUUAUUAUUUAAAAUGGUUCGCAGUAGCAGUGAUAGAAGUUAUCGUAAACGAUCUAGAAGUCGUUCACGUAGUCCGCGUCGACACCGCCGCAGCCGUUCUAGAUCAAGGUCUCCACGUCACAAAGCACACAAAUCAACGAGGGAAAGAAAAAAGUCAAGAUCUCCUCGUCAUUCACGAUCUCCGCGUAGUAAAAGAAAAACACCAGAACGAAAACCAGAAGACGUUACAUUUGACCCAACUAAUCCAGAUAAGGAAACUGAGCAAAAAAAACUUGAAUUAGAAAUGCAAAAGCGUCGUGAACGUAUUGAACGUUGGAGAGCUGAACGCAAGAAAAAAGAACUAGACAGUGUUAAAAAAGAUAUCAGAGCUAAUAUAAUGUCUAAUAUACAAAUACCAUCAAAAAAGUGGAAUCUUGAAGAUGAUAGUGAUGAAGAAGAUGAAGGAAAAAAUAAUACAGACAAAGUUGUCGAAGAAGAAGAAAUUGAUCCUCUCGAUGCAUUUAUGCAAGGUGUACAAGAAGAAGUACGUAAAGUUAAUAAAGUAGAUGGACAUCGAAGUAAUUUGCCUGAUAAGAAUACUUUAAAUGAGAUUGGACAAAGCCCAGGAGUUGACACAACUAGUUCAGGGGUCGUUAUUGUUUCUGGAGUGGCUAAAAAAAAAGAUAAUAAUACUAGAGGAGAACUUAUUGAACAAAAUCAAGAUGCAUUAGAAUAUUCCUCUGAAGAAGAACAAGAAGAUUUAAAUGUUGCUGCUGCUAGUUUAGCAAAUAAGCAAAAAAAAGAAUUACCUAAGAUAGAUCAUUCAGAUAUAGCAUACAUACCAUUUAGGAAAAACUUUUAUGUUGAAGUACCAGAAAUAACUCGAAUGACAUCAGAAGAGGUUGAAAAAUAUAAAGAGGAGUUAGAAGGUGUUCAAGUAAAAGGUAAAGGAUGCCCUAGACCUAUUAAAGUUUGGGCUCAUUGUGGUGUUAGUAAAAAGAUUAUGGAUAAUUUAAAAAAGCACAAUUAUGAGAAACCUACUCCAAUUCAAGCUCAAGCAAUACCUGCUAUAAUGUCUGGUCGUGAUCUUAUUGGUAUUGCUAAAACUGGAAGUGGUAAAACUUUAGCAUUUUUAUUGCCUAUGUUUAGGCACAUUUUAGAUCAACCUCCUUUAUCAGAUACUGACGGACCAAUAGCAAUUGUUAUGGCACCUACAAGAGAACUCUGUAUGCAAACUGGUAGAGAAGCUCGUAAAUUUACUAAAAGUUUAGGAUUACGGGUCGUAUCAGUUUAUGGAGGUACUGGAAUAUCUGAACAAAUUGCAGAAUUAAAAAGAGGUGCUGAAAUAAUUGUAUGUACCCCAGGAAGAAUGAUUGAUAUGUUAGCAGCAAAUAAUGGUAGGGUUACUAAUUUGAGACGCGUAACAUACAUUGUAUUAGAUGAAGCUGAUCGUAUGUUUGAUAUGGGCUUUGAACCCCAAGUUAUGAGAGUAAUUGAUAAUGUUCGUCCAGAUCGACAAACAGUUAUGUUUAGUGCCACUUUCCCUCGUCAAAUGGAAGCCUUAGCUAGAAGAAUAUUACAAAAGCCUAUUGAAGUUCAAAUUGGUGGUAGAAGUGUUGUGGCUAAAGAAGUUGAACAACAUGUAUUAAUAGUUGAAGAAGAACAAAAAUUUAUGAAACUAUUAGAAGUGUUGGGUAAUUAUUAUGAAAAAGGAAGUUGUAUUGUAUUUGUAGAUACUCAUGAAAAUGCAGAUACUCUGUUACAAAAACUAUUAAAAGCAUCUUAUCCUUGUAUGGCUUUACAUGGUGCUAUUGAUCAGUAUGAUCGUGAUAGUACUAUAGUAGAUUUUAAAAGUGGUCAGGUCAAAUUAUUAGUUGCUACUUCAGUUGCUGCAAGAGGACUAGAUGUUAAAGAUUUGAUAUUGGUGGUAAACUAUGACUGUCCAAAUCAUUAUGAAGAUUAUGUUCAUAGAUGUGGGAGAACUGGAAGAGCUGGUAAUAAAGGGUAUGCUUAUACAUUAGUUUCUCCCGAUCAAGAAAGAUUUGCUGGAGAUUUAAUCAGAGCCUUAGAAACAUCUAAUGUAUCUGUCCCAGAUUCUUUACGAACUAUGUGGUUACGUUAUCAAGCAAAACAAGCAGCUGAAGGGAAGCAAGUUCAUAAAGGUGGAGGUUUUAGUGGAAAAGGUUUCAAAUUUGAUGAAACAGAAGCUGUAAUGGCAAAUGAAAAGAAAAAACUUCAAAAAGCUGCUCUUGGACUUCAAGAUUCUGAUGAUGAAGAUAUAGAAGGAGAUAUUGACCAACAAAUUGAAACUAUGUUAGCUCCUAAACGAAUUGUGAAAGAAGUUAAGGCUAGUGCUAUAGGUCUUCCAAAUUUAACAGGCUUAAUGGAAUCUAAUGGAACACCACAGGCAUCUGAAAGAUUAGAAUUAGCAAAACGUUUAGCCUCUCGUAUUCAUAUUGCUAAAAAUCUUGGUCCUGAUGCUAAGGGAGCAUCACAGCAAACAGCUGAAGCUAUAUUAAAAGGGGGUCUUGCUAGCUCACAACCAGUCAUAACAGCUAAAACAGUAGCAGAACAAUUAGCAGCUAAAUUAAACACGAGGCUCAAUUAUCAACCUAAAGAUGAUGAUGGUGAAACUGAUUUUACAGACAUUGCAGAAAAUGGUGGUGAAGAAGUUUUUAGAAAAUAUGAGGAAGAAUUAGAAAUAAAUGAUUUCCCACAGCAGGCCAGAUGGAGAGUCACAUCUAAAGAAGCAUUAGCACAAAUAUCAGAAUAUUCUGAAGCUGGCAUAACUGUUAGAGGAACAUAUUACCCACCACCUAAAAACCCCCCUGAAGGAGAGCGAAAGCUGUUUUUAGCUAUAGAAAGUACGGAUGAAUUAGCUGUAUCUAAAGCUAAAAUAGAAAUUACUCGUCUCAUUAAAGAGGAAUUAUUAAAAAUGCAAACAUCUGCACAUCAUAUGAUUAAUAAAGCCCGAUAUAAAGUUUUGUAA